AUGCCGCCCUCCUCCACUUCGCCUCGUCCUCCCCCUUCCCUACGACCUCCGCCUCUUCUGGGAGUAGUGCACCGCAAGUUUGCUGUCGUAGGUCAUCGGGGGGCGGGGAAGUCAAGUGUGACCAGGCGUUUCGUUCAAGAGAAGUUUACGAUCCAAUCGGCGGCAGACCCGGAUGAAGAAUCUCUGUACAGAAAGGUGUUGGAAACUGAAGGAGAGGAGCGAGGGGUGGCAAAAGGGAAAAGUAGCCACGAAAAAACGACGCAGCUCGUGUGCUGCGAUAUAGUGGACACGCCAGGGCCUACCAGGCAGUACACAGAGUACGCCAAGGAAGAAUUCAGCCGGUUCCUCUCCCGCAAUGCGCUUAUCGGCAUUCAUGGCUACCUGCUUGUCUACGACAUCACCUCCCGCGAAUCUUUUACCAUUAUCCAAACCCUGAACGAGGUCGUUUUGCGGUACCACGGCGACUCGCCCGUGCCACGUGUCUUGUUGGGGGGCAAGUUGGAUCUAUGCGCUCAGCGGCAGGUGGGAAAGGGGGAAGGCAGAGCAUUGGCACGCACAUUAGGCAUUCCCUUCCUGGAGAUAUCGGCCAAACACAACGUGGACGUUGAAAGGGCCUUCCGAAUGCUGUUGGAGGAAGUGGAGCGAGGGGAGGCGGGGGAGGGGAAAGGCAAGUGGAGCCUCCUGGGCGGAGAGGAGGAGGAACAAGCCUUCUUAGGAUGUCGGCAUGAGAGAGAAAGAUCGUGGGAGUAUGACGGGUACGGAUAUUGUGUGGUGAGCUAG